AUGUCCAACGACGCUGCCAACAAGUUGGGGCUGGUCGGGGCGACCAGCUAUGUAGCUGGGUCUAUUGUUGGCGCGGGCAUAUUCGUGUCCCCGCGUACUGUUUUGGAACACUCCGGAUCAGUUGGGAUGUCGCUGAUCUGUUGGCUGGCCGGAGCAGCAAUUUCUACGAUGACGGCUUUGCUCUACAUCGAGCUGGCCACAUCCAUCCCGUUGUCCGGUUCCGACUUUGCGUAUCAGAAUUACGUUGGUUGGACCCCGCUGGCCUUCAGCUUCUUGUGGCUGACGAAUUUAAUACAAUCGUCAUGCGUCUGCGCGAUCCUGAUGCGCACAUUUGGCGAAUAUCUGGUUGACGCUCUUGAAGGGAUCAGUUUCGAAUUUCCGGAAGAUUCCAAGCUUCUCCUCGAACGGCUCCUUGGGUUCUCGUUGCUGUGGCUCCUCAUAUGGGCAAACUUCUUCUCCAUCAAAGGCUGGGCUGCCAAGAUUCAAGUGGUCGUCACCGGUGCGAAACUUCUUGCCCUGGCCAUCAUCACGCUUACCGGGUUUUAUUACUUGGCAUUUAAAGGCUGCACCCAACAAUUCUCUGCCGACAACAUCUGGACGGGCUCGAAAACAGAUCCAGGAAACCUUGCCUUGGCCCUGUACGCUGGGAUCUGGUCCUACGGUGGUUUCGACACGCUGAACUACGGUACCGAGGACAUUGACCAGGCGCAGAUUAGGAGG